AUGGCGUCUCACGUCGUCGUGGUAGACACCGCCGCCCGCACCGCACGCAUCAAGACCACGCCGGCCAAGCACCUCACCGAGGUCCUCAGCGAGGCCUGUGCCAAACUGAACUACAAUCCCGACAACUUCACCUUGAAAUAUAACAACAAGCCCGUCGAUCUUUCCCGUACCAUUAGACUUGCGAACCUCCCUCCUGGUGCUAAGCUCGACCUGGUGCAAGGCUCCCGCUCUCCCACCGUCGUCAACAUCGCCCUCCAGCUCGAGCAACAGCGCCUCACGCACAAGUUCCCCAGCAACACGUCGCUAUGGCAGGUUCUCCGCAUAUUCGAGACCGUGUCAGACAAGAACUUGAACCUUACGCAGAGGGGCGUCGCUGUCACCAGCUCCGGUGGCUCUGGUGCCGGUCGGCUGAACUACGAGAUGCCCGUUUUCAACAUCAUGGGCAAGGAAGUGGGCACGUUCACAGACCUGCAGAAGACGUUGGCACAGUAUGGGCUCACGGGCGGCAGCCAACUGCUCCGCUGUUCGUUUAGAGAUAGCGGCAAGGCCUUGGAAGAAGCUAUGGCUGAGAUAUCAGGUUACUUUAAAAGCGUGGAGACGCCACAGGCAACAAAGGAGGCACAGGGGAGUAAUGCCAAGGACGAAAAUGCACCUACUGCGACACCAGAAACUCCGACGCUGACAGCCCAUGAGGAUGUUGCUGAAGAGCCCAAUCCACCAGAGUCCUCCACAUCAGCAAUGGAGGAUGUUAUACCGACUACACAAGAGGAUACAACACUUACCCAGGCACCCGCCGCAGAAGCGGCACCUACCUCGGAGGCCAACGUUCCCUCCCCCGAUACAGUCACCGGGCCUGACCAACGGCCCAUGAUUAUCUAUACCCCUUCGACCUCGAGCACCCCCGCCGCAGUCCGCAACACCGCUUUCCACGAAGAAGACUAUAUCCCGACCGUGGACCACGCCAAAUCGCACCAGGCCCUGCUUCAAAAUGCCGGAAAGAACAAGCGCCUCGCCUCGGACGCGGAGCUCGCCGCGGCCGAGAAGGCCAAAGCCGAGAAGCUCGCCGCCAUCGAAGGCGUGACGAUCCGCGUCCGCCUGCCAGACACGUCGCACGUCGAGGCGCGCUUCGGCAACCAGGAGACGGCUGCCGCGCUGUACGCCUGCGUGCGCGGCGUGCUCGCGCAUCCGGACCAGCCCUUUGCCCUCAAGUACCCCGGCGCUCGCGGCCCGCUGGUCGCCCUCAAGGACGACGGCAAGCGCAUGGUCACCGACCUCGGCUUCCAGGGCCGGCAGCUGGUCAACUUGGUGUGGGACGAUGGGGCGAGCGGCGCGGCGCGCACUUCGCGCAGCUUGAAGCAGGAAUGGUACUCGAAAGGGCACGAGAUGACGGUCAAAGAGCCGUCGGCCGCCUCGGCCUCGGACGCGAACGCGAAGGCAAACGCCGGGGUGGAGAACGCGUCGCCGGUCAGGAAGCAAGCGAGCUCUGGAGACAAGGAGUCGAAGCUGAAGGCUAUGCUGAACAAGGGCUUGUUCAAGGGCAGGAAGUAG